ACCCACUCUUGCUGCACCACCACCUCGCAUCUGCAAUCAUCCUCAAUCAUCAUUCAACCCCCCCUCUCUCCACAACAGCAAGGCAAAUCAUCGUAUACAGCCUAAGGCCCCACCAGCCCGCCCCGCACCCCCAUCUCCUUUUUGCCCAUCAACCCUCGCCCCCCCCAUUGUGGUCACGCAACAUUCAUCUCAAGGCCGCGUCACCACAACGAGAACCUCGCGCGACACCAUCUCAUCACCCUCUCUUCCCUCUCUCCCUUCUUCUCUCUGUGACCAGGGCGACGACCGACCAGCGAGCGCCGAACGCAUCCGCUGCGACACGCGAUCAUCGUUUAGAAGUGCAGGCUCGCUCAUGCCUCCACCCCUUACGACACUGCUCUCUUCGUCUCCUCUAAUCGAUACUCGAACCAACUCUUCCUCGAGGCAUCGAUCAACAUCAACAACAGUAGCGCAGCAAAAGGCAUCUCAGUCUUGUGCGCUUUUGGCGGUUGUCCCAGAGGCGCUCUCGCUGACCGUGACAGCGACAAAUCCUUUCCCUUUCUCCCCCUCCCCUCCUCCCAGGAUAUCCAACACUCCCCCCUUGGAUGUUUUACCCGCAGCAAUCAGCGUCCAGCUCGCAGCAGGCCAAGCACCACGAAGCGGGCGGCGGCGGCGGCAGUGGGUCGGGCCCCAUUGGUGAGCUCGGCCGCGGCGGCUCUGGCGCGGGCGCGGGCGGCAACGGCGGCGGAGGCGGCGGCGGCGGUGGAAACAGCGGUGGUUGGGGCCGGCAUCCAGCCCCCUUCAACCCCUCGCUUUCCAUGUCGUCGGGCGCGUUUGGCGGCGGUGGUGCAAAUGGUCUCUUUGGCCCCCCAGGCCAAGGGCACCACGGUCACCACGGCCCCGGUGCGGGCCAUGUGCACUCGCAGCACGGCGGGUUGCAUGGCCACGGACAGCACCCGCACCACCCCUCCUUCGGCAACGGCGGCGGCAGCGGCAUGCACCUCGGCCAGCAGCACUCGGGCUCGUCCUUUGGCCACGGCGGCCCAGGACAGUUUGGCGGCGGCAUGGGCGGCGGCAUGGGCUUUGGAGGUGGACAGCAGGCUAGCCCACCCCGCGCGCAGGCAGAAGCAAAUGUGCCGAUGACGGCGCAUUGGUCGCAGCAGCUGUUGCGCGCCGAGACGUCGCGUGUCGCCUCGGCGCCGCACCACCGGGCCAGAACGGCGGCCAUGGCAUCGCGCAUGACCAACAAGCCUGCGCCAUCAGCCGUAGCCAUCACAGACCCCAACAGACCGGCGUCGGCCGGCACGCCCGUCAACGGUGUCCACCGCCGGAAUGCCCCAUCGACGGCCUCGAACACCAUCAGCAGCGCCUCAUCUCCUCCCCCAGACGGUACCGCUACGCCGACCCCUGGCGCAGUAGUAAAGUCGGGCGGAUCGACAAAGGACUCGUCGAGCGCCGACCCGAUGAACCCUGCCCAGCCGCCGGCGCCCGCUUCGAAAGACGACGAGCCGUACGAGCCCUGGACAGGGCUCGACCUUGGUGGCAUCCGUCUCAAGACAUUGUCCUCGAGCUUAUUCUCUUUCACGCACAUCACAUCGCUGUACAUCAAUCACAACAACCUCAAACAGAUCCCUGCGGCCAUUUGCAACCUCAAGCAGUUGACGCUACUCGAUGCCACGUCCAACGAGCUCACGUCGCUCCCGCCCGAGAUUGGCGUCUUGAGCAAGCUCAAGGAGCUGCUCCUCUUCGACAACAACCUCACCUCGUUGCCCACAGAAAUCGGCGGCCUCUACCAGCUCGAGGUCCUCGGCAUUGACGGCAACCCGAUCGACGAGAGCGUGCGCAAGACCAUUGCUGAGCAGGGAACCGCCGCGUUGAUUGCCCACUACCGCGAUGUCCACCAGAGCGAGACGCCUCCCGAGCGCACGUGGAUUGAGAUUGAGCCCGACGUCUCUUCGCCUUCGUCUGGCAAGACCGAGUCGUUUACAGUCUUGUCCUACAACAUUCUCUGCCCCUCGUUUGCGCCACCUUCAUCCUACGCAUACACCCCAUCAUGGGCAUUGGAUUGGUCGUACCGCCGCGAGACGCUGCUCGAGGAGCUGGUCAACGCGUCGGCCGACGUUGUCUGUCUGCAGGAAAUCGACUCGGAGCAGUACUCGGACUGGUUCUACCCCAAGCUCAAGGAGCGCGGCUACGACGGCAUCCAUUACCCGCGUACGCGUGCGCGCACGAUGGCUGCCGACGACGCCAAGCUGGUCGACGGCUGUGCGACGUUCUGGAAGCGCGAAAAGUUCAAGCUCAUCGAGACGCAGGUGAUCGAGUUCAACCAGAUUGCCCUGAACAAGACGGACAUGCGCACCGAGGACAUGUUCAACCGUGUCAUGUCACGCGACAACAUUGCCACGAUUGCGCUGCUCGAGUUUGCGCUCACCGGCGCGCGUCUUGUGGUCGCCAACUCGCACAUCUACUGGGACCACAGAUACCGCGACGUCAAGCUCGUGCAGAUUGGCAUGAUGAUGGAGAAGCUCGAGGAGAUUGUCGAGGGCUUUGGCCACUUCCCGGCAAAGCCUCCCGUCGAGGGCGAGCCCGCCCCUCCCACCUACGACCGCCGGGAGAAGGGCCGCGACAUUCCGCUCGUACUCUGUGUCGACCUCAACUCGCUCCAAAAGUCGGGUGUGUACGAGUACUUGUCAGAGGGCGAGAUCCCGCCCAACCACGAGGACUUUAUGACACACACGUACGGCCCGUACACGACCAAGGGAUUGAAGCACCACCUCGGCCUGCGGUCGUCUUGCGCAAGCUUUGGCGAGAUGAAGAUGACAAACUACACGCCGACGUUCGACGAGGCCAUCGACUAUGUGUUCUACACGCCGCGCUCGCUCAAGGUGACGAGCGUGCUGGGCGAUGUCGACCGCAAGUAUCUCAGCAGAGUCAUUGGCUUCCCGAAUGCCUACUUCCCGUCGGACCACAUUCCCGUCUUCUCGCAGUUCCGCGUCAAGGGUACGGCCGACGCGGCGCCGUCGGCCCAGCCGUCCUACAACUCGUACAACCAUCGCUAGCGAGGCAUAUUUCUUUCAUGCCGAGGCGUCUUUUCUGCGUCCGCGCCCUCGGCCCCUCGGCACACAACUCGGGCAUCAGAGCGAGCCAUCGGAAGCGGCGCACAGCAGGCGGCAGCAGCAGCAGGUAGUAGUGGUGUAGUACAUAAUCCGGGAGGAUGGCGUUACCCUCUGUAUUUUGGCGAGAUGAUGGCAAAGGAGUAGAGAGAGAGUGAAUCAAGAAUACCAGCGAACCCACAACAACAAUCCCCUUGUCCCCCCUGUUUGUGUUAGGUAGAGUAGGUGUAUGGGUGUAGGUAGGCCCGUGGAUGGGGGCGUGUACGCAGUGGUAUGAAUCGUGUCUUGCCGCGGG